UUUACUCGCAGGGCUAUCUCUCUCCCUUACACACACAUUUACUCGCAGGGCUAUCUCUCCCUUACACACACAUUUACUCGCAUGCUCCCGUAGUGAAAGAGCACACCGCCACCAGUCCAGGCUUUCACUGUGGCAGAGCUCCAUCCUCCCCUAGACACAAAGCCCCGUGCCUACUGGGAUCCAGGUUCUGGGUCUGGAACACAAAGAACAGAGAGAGUAGAGAGACUUCAGUUGCCUUUUUAUCUGCAGAGGAAGAGGGAGUUAGUAGAUGCUCUAUAGAUAGGGAGGUAGCGCGGGGGGAGAGGGGGAACGAAGCGAUUUGCAGUCAGGCUCAGCUGCUGAUGCUACAAGCUGGAGGCUCACUGACUGCUAUAGGAAACUGGAGGCUCACUGACUGCUAUAGAAAGCUGGAGGCUCACUGACUGCUAUUGAAAGCUAGAGGCUCACUGACUGCUAUAGGAAGCUGGAGGCUUACUGACUGCUAUAGGAAGCUGGAGUAGCAACAUCACAGUACAGCACACACUCUCCGGACAGCCAGACCGCGGAACCAGAGACGCACAGACACAUACACGCUGAGUGAGGAACAGGUUUGCGAAUGUGGAUGGACCAGUCAAGUUCCAGUCCUGGGUGUCUGGUGCACUGAUCCAGCCACAGUGGUGCGGAGGUAGAGCGGGGGCAUGGCGGCCGGUCCAGGCAUGGGGUGGCCUGGCCUGCUCCUGCUGCUGAUGACUACUGUGGCCUCCACUCAGAGCCAAGGCUGUCCCCAGCGCUGUGAGUGCAUGGCCAAGCUCAAGUCUGUGGCCUGCCAAGGCAAGCGCCUGUCUGCCCUCCCCGACAGCAUCUCCUCGGACACACGCCUGCUGGACAUGAGUGGGAACAUGCUUCGCUGGGUGGAGCAUGGCGACCUCCUCUCCUACCCUCGGCUGGAGGAGCUAGACCUGAGUGAGAACAUCAUCAGUGUCCUGGAGCCCAGCGCCUUCUCUAGCUUGCAGAACCUGAGGGUGCUGUCGCUGAGGGGGAACCAGCUCAAACUGGUCCCCAUGGGCGCCUUCUCACGCCUCACCAACCUCACCACACUAGACCUGAGUGGGAACAAGAUCGUCAUCCUGUUGGACUUCACUUUCCAGGAUCUAAAGAGCCUGAGGAACCUGGAGGUUGGCGACAAUGACCUGGUCUACAUCUCCAACAAGGCAUUCCUGGGCCUGGUGGGUCUGAGGCAGCUCACCAUUGAGAGGUGCAACCUGACCUCCAUCUCCAGCCAGUCUCUCUCCUACCUCCGCAGCCUGGUCACUCUGCGCCUGCGCUACCUCAGCAUCUCCUCCCUGGAUGACCAGAACUUCCGUAAGCUGGGCGGGCUGCGGGGUCUGGAGAUCGACCAUUGGCCCUUCCUGGAACACAUCUCCCCCCACAGCCUCCAGGGCCUCAACCUGUCUUGGCUGUCCAUCACCAACACUAACAUCACCUCUGUGCCCACAGCCGCCCUACGCAGCCUGGCCCACCUCACCAGCCUCAAUCUCUCCUACAAUCCCAUCUCAGUGCUGGAGUCCUGGGCCCUUAGGGACCUGGUCCGGCUGAAGGAGCUACACCUGGUCAACACCAACCUGAUGACGGUGCAGCCGUACGCCCUUGGCGGCCUUCGGCAGAUCCGCCUGCUUAACCUGUCCACUAACGCCCUGGUAACCCUGGAGGAGGGUGCCUUCCAGUCCGUCAAUACCCUGGAGACGCUGCGUGUAGAUGGGAACCCUCUGUCCUGUGACUGCCGCCUGCUUUGGAUUCUCCAGCGCAGGAAGACCCUCAACUUUGAAGGGAAGUCCCCAGUGUGUGCGGGACCCAUGGAGGUGCAGGGCAGGGCCCUCAGCGCCUUCUCAGACUCUGCCCUCUUUGACCACUUUACCUGCCAGAAGCCCAAGAUACGCAACAGGAAGCUGCAGCCUGUGACUGCCAGGGAGGGCCAGGUAGUGUCCUUUGUGUGCCGGGCGGAGGGAGAGCCCACACCUAUCAUCUUCUGGGUAUCUCCCCAGCGCCGUCGGAUCACUACCAAGAGCACUGGACGUGUCAUCGUCCUACCUGAGGGAACGCUGGAGAUCCGCUACGCCCAGGUGACUGACAGCGGCACCUACAUCUGCAUCGCCAGCAAUGCCGGGGGUAACGCCACCUACUUUGCCACGCUGACCGUGAGCGCGCUGCCUCUGGACGCAGCGCUCAUGGCCAACCGCACAUACUACACAGGUGACCUCAACGAGACCAAUCUGAACGACACCAAGGUCUUCCUCAAGUUCACCUUGGACCUCAAGACAAUCCUGAUAUCCACAGCCAUGGGGUGUUGCUUGUUCCUUGGGGUGGUGGUCUUCUGUUUCCUGAUGCUGUUCGCAUGGAGCCGGGGCCGGGGGCAGCACAAGAAUAACUUCUCAGUAGAGUACUCCUUCAGAAAGGUAGAUGGCCCUGCUGCCAGUGGCGGACAGGGAGGGGCCCGUAAGUUCAACAUGAAGAUGAUUUGAGACAGAAAAUGGGCCGCUCUGUUUACUUGUAGACUUAAACGGGGACAGAAUAACUUUGGACUUUUUGACACUGAUCCCUGUCAGUUCAGAAAUCAACUCACUAGGUUCAUCCAAGACAGAUUACUAAGACUUCGUUUUUUAAAAAUCUGUAAAUGGCUGUAUCAACAAAAAAAAGUUAAUUGAUUACAGACCGAUUUUUUUCAAUUGCUAUUUGUGUAUUGGUGUAUCUUCUGCAGAAGAGUCUGGAUGAUAGUUAAUGAUGUCCCAAAAUCCUAUUGACAUGACCCCUGCACAGCUCCACUGGUCUCUCUGCAGUGCCCCCUCCAUCCAUCCUCACUCAUGAAUACAUAAUCACAGGGUGCUCGCUGAAUGCCAAUACUCGCUUAAACAGAUGAUAGUAUUUGUUUUCCCAUAGGAGGACUGGUCAUUUAUAUCGUUUGAAUCUAUUCUCCCACUAUAGCGGAUUUGAGAUCCAGCUACCACAAUACCACACAGGUAGAGAUCUUGCAUACAGUAGAUAGCUGACAUUGAUGCUCAACAGUAGUCUGUAUUGUAUACUACACUGCCAAGCUAUAACCAUGGGCACCGUACAGAAGGACUUCUAAUGCAAACUACAUUACAGGAUACUUCCAACCUCGUCUGUCAUUCAAAAGCAACAAAUGCUGCUACACAUUUGACUCGUUCAAUUUUUUUAAUGGAUUUGUUAUGUAAAGUACCAUGAAUGAAACCUUGUGUACCAUAUAGAAACCUUGUGUACAGGUGAGUGAUGACUCACAAAACCAUACACAAUUUCCAAUGGGUUCAGAUAUCCUCGUUCUGGUGUAUUCAGUAAAUAGUAUACACCUGCCCUCAGACUGCACCCCCUCUGACAUGUGAAAAGGUGAACAAAAUGUUUUGUAUAUACUGUAUGUUUUUUGUUGGGUGUACAGAUUUGUUGUCUCAAUUUCUGAAUAUCUUGGUAUAUAAUCUUUCUUAAUUCGUCGUUGUCUCAUGGCUUCCUCCAAAGACUGUUCAUACUGUAUCGAUUGGUUAGACAUAUACAUCAGAUGUCAUACAUUUGAAUCUUUCAAAGCUAUUGUGGUUAUUCAUAUUGUGGAUGAUUUCAUGUGGAUUAUUCUAAGUCUAAUUAUUCUAACUGGUUAAUAGCCAGUAAUUUAAUUCAUAGCAAACACAUAUUGCCUGGUGCAGAGAUUCGCCCUUUCUGUGCUCUCCAAACAACUUAUGAAGGACAAGCGUGCAGUGUAUCAGAUCAGUUUGCUAUUUUGUGGAAGCAGUGGGAAGCCUGGUGACCAGCAGGGACAGUGCUUCUCAUCAGGACCCAAGUCUCAGAUAUGCAGGAAAAUGCUAAUGUAACAGAGACCUUGGAUGCUAGAAGAGAGGUCACAAUGGAACAGAGCCAGGAUGUGCUAGAGGGCCUUCAUUGCCCAAAUCACAAGGCUGACAUCAUGUGCUUUCUGCAGAUAAAUUAGAAUAGGAUCAGGAACUAAGAGAAGAUUACUCUGUUCUUAAAAUAUUUGUAAAAUGUGAAUUUGAUUAUAACAGCAGUACAUUGUAUUUUUUGGAAGAGCAGUUAUUGCUAAGGAUUUGUAAACUUGCUAAUGGCAAAAAUGAUUUAAUCAUCAUCCUUCUGCACUUUGUACAGGUGCCUGGCACAUAAUUAUUAUUCUCGGGCCGCAGCACAGGAGAAAUUGCAUUUAAAUUCCCAAAAUACACUGAGUGAACAAAACAGGAACACCUGCCUAAUAUUGAGUUGCUCCUUCAUCUACACUGAUUGAAGUGGGUUUAACAACUGACAUAAGGGAUCAUAGCUUUCACCUGGAUUCACCUGGUCAGUUUAUGUAUGCUUGGUGUAUAUCCUAAUAUCUUAUUUGGAUUUAGGGUGCUAACCAUGGUUUGGGACAAUUACAAUUUAAUUUAAAAUUCCAAUUAAAAUAUUGAAUUCACUCAUGAAGUGGAGGAUUUAGAGUGAAUUCAACUUGAAUUUCAAAAUGUUCAAAUUAUGAAAUUGAAAUUUAAUUGAAAUUGGACUGUUUGGACAAUUUGAAAUCGAAUUGACUUAGAAUUGUAAAAAUAUUAAUUAUUUCAAAUUUUAUUUAAUUGAAAUUACAUUUCCCAGUUAAUGAAAUUGAUGCACUUUGUAUAAAAAUGUCAUGUUGUAUUUCUAUAUUCCCAGUAUAGCUAGGCUGUAUUUUUAUUUUUAUUUUAUUUCACCUUUAUUUAACCAGGUAGGCUAGUUGAGAACAAGUUCUCAUUUGCAACUGCGACCUGGCCAAGAUAAAGCAUAGCAGUGUGAACAGACAACACAGAGUUACACAUGGAAUAAACAAUUAACAAGUCAAUAACACAGUAGAAAAAAAAAAAAAAAUGGGCAGUCUAUAUACAAUGUGUGCAAAAGGCAUGAGGAGGUAGGCGAAUAAUACAAUUUUGCAGAUUAACACUGGGGUGAUAAAUGAUCAGAUGGUCAUGUACAGGUAGAGAUAUUGGUGUGCAAAAGAGCAGAAAAGUAAAUAAAUAAAUAAAAAAAACAGUAUAAAAACAGUAUGGGAAUGAGGUAGGUGAAAAUGGGUGGGCUAUUUACCAAUAGACUAUGUACAGCUGCAGCGAUCGGUUAGCUGCUCGGAUAGCUGAUGUUUGAAGUUGGUGAGGGAGAUAAAAGUCUCCAACUUCAGCGAUUUUUGCAGUUCGUUCCAGUCACAGGCAGCAGAGUACUGGAACGAAAGGCGGAACGAAAGGCGGCCAAAUGAGGUUAUGAACACUGACAUGAUCAGCGAUUUGGGGAUCCCGAGUGGCGCAGCGGUCUAAGGCACUGCAUCACAGCGCUUGAGGCAUCACUACAGACACCAUUCGAUUCCAGGCUGUAUCACAACCAGCCAUGUUUGGGAGUCCCAUAGGGUGGUGCACAAUUGGCCCAGCGUAGUCCAGGUUUGGCCGGUGUAGGCCGUCAUUGUAAAUAGGAAUUUGUUCUUAACUGACUUACCUAGUUAAAUGGAGGUACAUUUAAAAAAAUAUAUUAUUCUAGUUUCUAUCUACAUCUGCCUCUCUUUCAAGCUUUGGUUUGGCUGUCAUUGGCGCCACAGAUUGUUCCCUCACUCAAUGCACCACUGCCAACAGUCCCAAAUAGCUUACCUUUGCUGCCCUCUGCUGGAAAGCAUAGGAAUCUACAGCAUUGUCACAGAGAAGUUCCAGACAUUUUGUAUCAAAUCAAAUUUAUUUAAAUCAAAUCAAAUGUAUUUACAUAGCCCUUCUUACAUCAGCUGAUAUAUCAAAGUGCUGUACAGAAACCCAGCCUAAAACCCCAAACAGCAAGCAAUGCAGGUGUAGAAGCACACUGUUUUAUAUAUCACACUGUUUUAUAUAUUAUAUAUAUAUAUAUAUAUUAUAUAUAUACAGUAUCAAUAACUGUGUGUUAUAUCAUAGUUUUGAUGUCUUCACUAUUAUUCUAUAAUGUAGAAAAUAGUAAAAAUAAAAAUAAACCUGGAAUGAG